UGCGAUAGAGUCGCCGCCGCUUGUGCUCACCUGGGCACCUUUCGGGGCGGUGGGGGAGGGAACCUUUUGAGCGCAGGUCCCCGUUAGCCGUGAUUCGUUCCCAGCAGGAGGAGGCCGAAUCCCGGGGGCCUUCUGAGCCUCGGCAGGGCGCUCGUGUGUUCUUCCUGUCUUAAAGGGCUUGAGGACCAGAGACUGCCCAGCCUUUGGAAGCCGUCGGGGCUGAGUUCAGUGGCGGGGAGGGUUUGCUUAGGCGGAUUCCACCCGGGUUGCUUUCUUUCACGGCUCGCCUGAUGAAGAGCUGGGUGGCGAGCUCGGAAACGCGCACCCUACAAUGACAGAUCGACCCUACUCAGAAGUAAAUCCCACCUAGUUAAGUGGGAGCUUGUUCCCAAGCUUGGGUUGCGAAUACCCCGUAGGAAGCCACACCCACAAAGACUGCUUCUCCGUGCAGAGAUUUCCUCUCCCUGUAAUUUUGAGGGCUCCUAAUAAAAGCAAUGGAGGAGGCCAGCACUGUGGAGGAAGGAGAAGUGACCUCGGGGAUGCAGUCCUUGGCAGUGGAAGACGGGCCCGCCUCUGAGCUGGCUGCCUCCGUGGAGGAGCGGGAGGAGGUGCCAGGAGAAGCAGAGGGGGAGCAGGCGGGAGAGGGAGGCGAAUCCGCCGAGGAGGAUUGGUGCGUGCCUUGCAGCGACGAGGAGCUGGACUCUCCGGACACCUGGAUGCCUCCUCCCGUGGAGAUCCGGCGCCUCUACGAACUCAUUGCUUCCCAGGGGACUCUGGAGAUCCAGACGGAGAUCCUGCCCCGACGCAACCCCACCCCGGAGCCUGACAGCGAAGACGAGGAUAAAUCUGAGGGGCAGCCUGACAAUCCGGAAGAGGAGGAGGAAGAGAAGCCUCACGUGCUGACAGAGUUUGACUUUGACGAUGAGCCCAUCUCACCCAAAAGCUCCCUGAUCGAUCGCCGGAGAACCCCUGGGUCUUCAGCGAAGAGCCAGAAGCGGGAGGCCCGCCUGGAUAAGGUGCUGUCCGACAUGAAGCGCCACAAAGUCUUAGAGGAGCAGAUUUUGAAGACCGGCAGGGACCUCUUUGACCUGGACUCGGAUGAUGUGCCCACUCCGAAACGGCCCCCGGGCCUUUUCUUGCGCCAGCGCAAAUACUGACAGCCAUGAAGA